UCCGUGCUUGUGUAGAAAAACACCAUUGCUGCUAAUUACCUGGGAGAAGCGUUGGCCAAUAAGAGUGUGCAAUGGGUGGUUCAUCAGUGGUUUUCAAGGCGACGACCUCUGACCCCCCAGUUCUCACUGAAACGGUGACCUCUAAACCUGAGGUUGCUCACACUGAAUCAUCCACAGCUGGGCCCCACAUCACUGUCCGAACCCAAAGCCUCCCCAAAACCAGCUGUGUUACAACUCUGGACACACAAAGCCCGCUGCCCAUGGACCCUCCUCCUAUUCUAACACCUCCUCUUCCUCCGCCACCCCCGUCACUUCAAGUCCUGCCUCCACCUCUGCCCUCAUCCAAACCUUCAUGUAGCUCCAGUCCCUCACCGCCUCCUGCGGAGAGCCCCCCGCGUCCCACCACCCUCGACCUCAAGACGCUGCCGCGAGCGACCGUCAGGGAGAACGGCGGCCCGCCGCCGAGGCUGGACGAGGAGGAGGAGCAGGAGGAGAAGAGGAUGCUGGAGGAGGAUCUGAAGAAAUGCAUCGAGGACUUCAAAAAAAUCCGCUUGCCCAGAGAGUUUCCAGAUCGCAAGAGACACUGGCAAAGUAGCUUGCUCAAGAAGUACAACGCGUAGAGCGCUCGGCUGCCAUUGUUUUAUAACUGCGCUGUGCACAGUGGACUCCAGGUUUAUAUUCACCUUUUGUCAACAAGUUCUUAUGUGGAAGCUUUUUCAAUGUCAACACAACUAAAAUGUUUGAUCAAGUGCAGUGCUUAAUUAGGUUGAGCUCGUCACAUCCAAAAUCAAAACCCUGACGUUUCUUUUUACCCAUCAUAGAUUGUUAGUGACACUUUUUUGCUCCACACUUUGGAUUUGGAGACUAUUUAAGUCAUUAACAGUCAAAGGAUGACAUAUGUCAUGUUGUCAAUUAGAGAUUCCUGCAACGCUCUCUGUACUGUAUUUAAUGAUCAAGCUAAAGGAAAAUGUAAGCUGUGACAUUUUAAGCAUUUGACCUUGC